CGGAACUACGUUGCCAGGCUUACCUUCUUUUACCUUCUCUCUGAUUGACCAUGUCAUUAUCCACCAUGGAAAUUGCCGAGGUUUCGCACUGUUGUCCAGCACCAGCACCAGCACCUUCGCGCUUGGCGCCUUCUUGUGCAGGGAUUGUUAGGUUCUUGGCGCCAUUGAUUGCUGACUUGGCGCCAUGGAGAAGUGAUUCCUUGGCGCCAAAUAAUGACGGCUCGAGUCAGAUCCAGGGAAUCUCCGAUGUUGUAAUUGGUGUGGUGUGUUUGCUCAUGUCGGUGAAGAUUGUGUCAUACGGGCGAAAUACGUCGGCCCUGAGAACGGGUGCGCGCCGAGUGGUGUUCCUUCUAGGGGCGGGUACUCUUUCCUAUGGUUCCCUGCAUUUGGUCAACGCUUGGCUGAACUACAUCGAUCCGUUAAGCUCACAGUUACAGCUAAUCCUGAUCGUGCUGAAGAUCCUCACGGCCGUCUUGUCCAUCGCCAUCGCCGGCGGUCUCGUCCGAGCUGCUCCUUCCGUACUGGAGGUCAUCAGGCAACGAAGCUGUCUUCAACAGAAUGUUGAGCAUCUGCGUCAAGUGUUGCUUGACUUCCGUACGCAAGAGAAGUAUUGCAGUAUUGCUCGGUUGCUCUGCAGUCACAUCCACAACUCUUUGGAUCGCGAUACGAUCAUUAUGACGGCCUUGGAGGAGCUGACGAAAGUCCUGUCGCUGAACUGCUCCGCGUUCCUCGCCCCAUUGACUUCUGACAGUGACAACUUCGCUGUCACUCAUGAAGCUCAGCUGGAUACAAAUGAUCCGUCAACAGGACACGUCGUGGUCUCUGUUCAGGGGAGACCACGUGGUCAGGGAGUGGUCCCGAGGAGCGACCCCUUGGUACAAAAGGCUCUCAGUGAGAAACGAGCAAUCGUCGUGAGCACUUCGGAAGUCGUACGACAUCCCGACGUUGAAGGCCGGGACAAGUCACUCAUCCGGUAUCAUAGUCACUGUGACGCUGAACCUCAUUCUGUCCUCGUGGGAAGCUCUACAACGGCGGGGAGUCCUAUGACUUCGGGAGGUUCUACAGAAGGGAGAGCUUCGGCAUCAUCGAGAAGUUGUGCAGCGACGGGAAGCUGCGCAGCUUUGAGAAGUUGUGCAGCUUCGGAGUGUUGUGUAGCGGCAGCUUCGGGAAGCUCCGCCGUUACCUUGGGACGCUGCAGUUCUGCAGCGUUGGAAAGCUCUGCAGAGCUUGAAGAAAUUGGAGGUGCUGCAGCUUCUGGAGGUUCUGCAGCAGCAGCUUUGGGAAGCUCCGUUGCUUGGGAAAGUAAUGCGGUGUCGGGAAGCUCGGCAGCUUCGGGAACUUCUGCAGGAGCGGGAAGCUCCGCAGCAGCCGCGGAAUGGUGUGCAGUCUGUGCAGACCCGGGAAGCUCUGUCGCGUCGAGAAGUUGUGCAGCUGCGCGGGGUUCUGCAUCUGCAGCUGAUGGAAAUCAUCGAAGUUCUGCACCUCUCGGACGCUCCGUUGCUUCGGGAAGCUCUGGUGCUUCAGGAAGUGAUGUUGCUCCAGAACAUUCUUUCGCUCGAUGUUGGACAUCAGGGGAGGAAGAGGAUCUGGUAGCCGCGGUGCGUGUUUGUGUGAGAUUACCAUCUGUCGAGGAUCCCCUGUCGUCGAGAUCUGGAGAAGGAACUCCUCGCGGCGAUUAUGCGUUUUUGAAAGCGGGAGGCCGUGACGGUCCAGGAACAUCGUCGAUUCGGAAGGGAUGCGCGGGGACAAGCUACUGCGCGCUUUUGAAAGCGGAAGGCCGUGACGGUCCAAGAACAUCGUCGAUUCGGAAGGGAUGCGCGGGGACAAGCUACUGCGCGCUUUUGAAAGCGGAAGUAGGCGGCAGCGCGCUUUUGAAUUCGGAAGUAGGCGGCAUACUACCGGUCGCUGUUGCGAUAGAUAAGGAGUCGCUGGGGGGUUGUACCAUUUCGCAGAGGCGCUCAGAGGAGUCAGAGAUGCAGAGCCGCCGGAGCGACAUCGGUAAGUUAAACCCCGAUGCGAGCGUGGAAACUGGAGCUGCUGCUGCUGAUUUAGCGGUUGUUCCAGGAACGUCACAGGCGGGAGCUUCGUCCUGGUUUUCUCAGUCUCUGGAGUCAGAGAGGAAGAUGGGAGAUGAUCCGUCUCCAUCGUCUCAGUCUAUGGAUUCGAAGACACAGAGGAUCUCACAGCCCGCGGGGCCGGAGAGGAGGGAGAACAGCAGGCCGAUCACGGACGCUGCUUCCGUAGACUCGGAUGCUUCCCGCGAAUCGUCAGUGACAGGUUUGGAGGCGCCGUCGUCAUCGGGGUCCGCCCAACCUGUAGGGGUGUCAAAAGUUCAGAGGCUGAAGGAAACUGGGCAUCUUGAGAUAGAAGAGGACGCUACGUAUGAGGGGAAGAAGGAUGACCAAGGUUCGGCGAUGGCGGCCGCAGCGGCCGCAGCGGAGAAGGAGGGUCUCUCGAAUGAGCGUUCUUGGCAAGAUGGCCGAGCGAGGUUCUCGGUUGGCGUGUUGGUAUUCGUGCUGCCCUCUGGCAGAGGAAGGAAGUGGCGCGGUUCCGAUCUCACUUUGAUCGACAAAGUGCGCGACCAGUUGGAGGUGGCUUUGUCUCAUGCUGCGGUCGUUGACGUCACAUGUGCUAACAUGAUCAGAAUUGCCGAGGCCUGUGAUGCCCUUCGCAGAGAACAGGAGAGACAUCAAGCUGUCAUCAAGAGCCAUCAACACUUCCUCACGGUUAUGAACCAGCAGCUUGAAGCUCCUCUCAAAUUUGUGGUCAACGGCCUUCAGUUCUUGAAAAAAGCAAGCAUGGCCCCUGAGCUAACUGAUUUGGUGACGACAGCUGCCCGCUCCUCUGAGAUGCUGUAUGAUGUCAUUAACGACAUCAAAACUUUUGAAGCACUCAAAUGCGGCAAGCAUCCACUCAAUUUGGGACCGUUCUUAUUCAGUGAGCUGAUGAACGACGUCAAAGAAGCAGUCAGGCAACAUGCAGAAACUUGCGAGGUGGUGAUAUCAUACGACUGUGAUGCGAACAUCCCUGCAGUGUUAGUGGGAGAUCGCUACCAACUAUUUUUAGUGCUCCGACACCUGAUCAUCAAUGCAUGCAAGUUUGGUUUAAAGAAACCAGUGGUUGUCACCGUAAAUGUCAGGUAUGAACGAGAGCAAGUUCAUCAGGAAACGAGUGUCACUUACACAAUCAAUUCUCCUGUCGGCCUUGAAGGCCUGUCCCAUCAGAUGCACUCUGCCUGUCAGCUGGUGACAUCAAGCCUUAUUCAGAGUGCUGAGUCAGGUACAUCAGGCUUAUCCAGUCAUCUACUAUUGGGCGGACAACGGAGCCAAAGCCUUAUUGCAGAAUUUCCUGCCGAUUUGAAAAGUAUGGAGGAGAAUGAUGAGAAAUCACAAUGGAUGUCCUUAUCUGGGUUCUCCCCCAAGUGCGAUCUACGACUCCCAAUGGAUACAGUGAGUGGAUGUCAGGCGGUUCCACAGAACAGCUCUGCUGAGUUCAUCCGGUUAUCUGGUCAGCUCCGGGACUUGGGGAUAGGUCUUCAAGACAGCUUGAUCCCGGACCUGUUCAAGGAGUUUGUGCAGGGUGACAUGUCCACAACUCGCAGGCAUGGAGGCAUCGGACUUGGGCUGUCCAUCUGUCAGGCUAUUUGCCAGCACCAUGGUGGCCAUGUCAAUGUCCAAAGUGAAGGUGUUGGCCAAGGGACGACUGUUUCCUUCAAUAUGAAGUUUGGCAUCCACAAUGCAAAAAGAGUGCAUAGUGAAAAGGAACAGCUGCUUUUGGGAAUUUCUCCUGGUAUGCCCUGCAGUGCUGCCUGCGAUCUCUUCCAUCGACUGGGAAAGACAAAACUUCUAUUAUAUGAUGAAGACCCCGACAGUCAUGCUGAUCUCGCAAACUUGAUCAUCUCGCUUGGCUGCAUCAUCCACACUGCAAGUUCAAGAGUUGAAUGCCUCCGCCAUCUGGAACGAACCUACGAUGAUGAUCAUGAAAGGUACGAUGUCCUUCUGAUAAGCUUGCCGAGUCCCCGACUGCAUGAUAAUCGCACAUUGCUGGAGGAAAUUCAGAACACUCUGAAGGUUCAAUGGAAAUCAAAAACAGCAAGACUUAGUCGAGCGACUCUAGUCAUCGUUGAUCCUGCGGAGCAGAUGGAAACCACGGUCAACUGUCUGAUGUUUGGCGUGGACACGAUUCUCACUAAGCCCGUCUCUCGAGGACAACUGGGAAGGGUUAUGUGUGGCUUGCUAAGGCUAUAAAAACUGGGGAAGAGUCCAGUCCAACACAUUGGCUGCAAUCAAAAACACCAAUUUGGCCAUCAUUCAUUCUGCUUAGCAGCUGGAAGCCAAGGCCCACUGCCCUAAUUCCUAGAAUGAACAUGAUUCUCACAA